UCUCAGCAAAGUCUAUGUAAGAGACAGUAUCACAGGGAAACAUUAACAGAGUGCUGACAGCUGCUGCUGGGAACUGGUACAACUGCUGAUAAAAGUGAAAUAUGAAUUACGACAAAGAAGGAAACCCGGCAGGACACCCACAACCUGGAGUUGGAGGAGCCUAUCCACCUCCACCAGCAUAUAAUCCAUCUUCAGGAGCAGCCUAUCCACCUGCACCAGUUUAUAAUCCACAACCAGGACAGCCAGUGACGUUUGCUCCUGUUGUUACGCCAGUCAUUGUGACAUCGGUAUUUCAUGACACCCCUGCAUCAACAACUUGUCCAGCGUGUAGGCAGAACGUAAUCACCAACAUACAUUACAGUACUGGCUUACUUGUGUGGCUUCUGUUUGGCAUCCUACUGAUUUUUGGGUGUUGGUUGGGAUGCUGCUUGAUCCCAUUUUGUGUGGAUAGCUGUAAGGAUGUCGAUCAUUUUUGCCCAAACUGCAAUCACCAUUUGUACAAAUAUAAAAGAAUGUGAAAAAAGAAAAACGUCUGUUAUAAUGUUGCUUUAUAUCCUGUCUUUGGCAUAAAAUGACAAGUAACACAUCCUGAUUUCAACCCUUUAGACUGUAUUUUUAUUAAUAAAUAAAUUAUAGAAAAAUAAACUAUAUGCAAAAUAUUGCUUGCAUUAAAGAUA